AUGGGGCCGUACAAGAUCCUGGAAAGGAUUGGAAAGGUCGCCUACAAACUGGAGCUGCCCUCAUCGAUGGCUCAGUUCCAUAACGUGUUCCAUGUAUCUUUGCUACGAAAAUGCAUACGGAAUCAAGACAACGUGGUUCCUGAACCACCAUCUGACUUGAGAGAGAACCUUACUGUAGAGGGACGACCAGUCCGGAUCAUUGGAAGAAAAACCAAACCUGAAGGCAGAAAGAAUAUCAAAAUGAUCCAAGUCGUUUGGGACUGCGAUGGAGAGGAAGAAACGACUUGGGAGCCAGAUGAUAAAUUCACGGAAGAUUCAGGAAGAAAGACUCGAGGACGAGUCUGA